AUUGCACAAAACGUAAUAGUUGUGUGACAAACAUCCUAUUUUAUAGCGACUCCUAAAACCCUAACGGACUCCUGGCAACUGCACGAAAGAACACAAAACCCUAGUUCUUCGAUUACAUAUUCGCUCCAAGGUGGAGGCACUGCAAUUGAUUGUUUGUCUGAGGAGAAGGUAUGUUGCGAAGGAAUGUGAGGUUGAGAAGAGAGUAUCUGUACAGAAAAAGUUUGGAAGGCAAAGAACGUUUGCUUUACGAGAAGAAGCGCAAAAUCAAACAAGCUCUUGAAGAGGGGAAACCAAUUCCAACUGAACUUAGAAACGAGGAUGCUGCUCUUCGCCAAGAAAUCGACCUUGAAGAUGAACGAACUGCAGUUCCAAGGUCAACCAUAGAUGAUGAAUAUGCCAAUGCUAAUGAACGAGAUCCAAAAAUCCUGCUAACCACAUCUCACGACCCAAGUGCUCCCCUUAAACAGUUUGUAAAGGAAUUGAAGCUUGUCUUCCCUAAUUCACAACGAAUGAACCGUGGUGGUCAGGUUAUUUCUGAAAUAAUUGAGACUUGCCGAGCACAUGACUUUACAGAUGUUAUACUAGUUUACGAACAUCGUGGUGUACCGGAUAAGAUAGUUAUAAGUCACCUACCUUUUGGUCCAACUGCUUACUUUCAGAUUCUCAAUGUGGUUACUAGACAUGACAAUAAAGACAAGAAGGAAAUGGGAACUGUUUCUGAGGCUUAUCCGCAUCUGAUUCUUAACAACUUCUCGACCAAGAUUGGUGAAAGGACUGCAAACAUCUUGAAGCAUCUCUUUCCAGUGCCCAAGCCUGAUUCCAAACGCAUCAUCACUUUUGCUAAUCAGGCAGAUUAUAUUUCCUUCAGGCAUCAUGUGUAUAGACAAAGUGGAGGGCCAAAAUCAAUUGAUCUGAAGGAGGUUGGUCCAAGGUUUGAAUUACGAUUGUAUCAGAUAAAGCUUGGAACGGUUGAUCAAGAGGAAGCACAAACCGAAUGGGUGUUAAGAUCGUUCAUCAACACGUCCAAGAAGCAAAAAGUACUCGGUGGAUGACACAAACAAACAAUGUAAUCCGUCCGCCAAGGGGGGUAUUUUUGAUCCAAAAGACGUGUGCUAUUUUUGAAAACUUGCAAGACAAAAGAAGAUGAUACCUACAUGAUUAUCCUUGGUUUUAUUUAAUGAUAAAUUUUUUGAAGGAAA